GAUGCGCUAAGGGUUGUUUUUGCCAUCUCGAACUUUACUGUGUGACUCCCUCUGGACCAGGAAAAUGUACGCGGCCGUAACACUCUUCGUCCUCAUGUGCCUGACUGCCACCACUCAUGCAGAUCCCCACCACCAUCAGCCUUGUCAUUCCCCCAAUAUGACAGGGUUCAUGACUGUGUUAGCCCUAAAGGGUGAAGUGAAAGGAUAUGGGGCAUUCACUUAUGAUUCAAUGGGCAAGAAACUGAGGUUCAGAUCAAACGAGAGCCACCCCACGAACACAUCACUGGGUCUGGAUCUGCUGAUGUUUUUCGAAGAGGGGAUAUUCUAUGAGAUCGACAGCAAAAACCAGAGCUGUGAGAAAAAAGCAUUGCAGUGCACCCAGCACCCUCUAGAUAUCCCUGAUGAUGCCACGUUUAUGGCCACGGUAUACCAUGGGAGUCCAUCCAUUGAAGGGGAAGGACUGAAAACCAGUGUAUGGACAGGAUCAACAACAGACUCGAAAGGCCACUACUCCAUGACUGUAACCAUGGGAUGUUUGCCUGUGUGCACUUUCUACUUCCACGAUACGUCAUCAUUCUUUGUCAGCCUUACAGAGGUUGAAACCGAGAUCAAGGAUCCUGAUCUCCUGGUGGUGCCCUCCUUUUGUGUGGGACAGCCCUUGGAGGAGACGCCUGAGGGGACAGUCCAUAGCUUCAUGAAUGAGUUCAUGUAGAUGAAACCUCGCCAGCAGAAAA